AUGGAUCUAGACGAGCACAAUAUCAUGUUGAUCAACAAAAGUCACUGGACAGAAUUGAAACAAAACUGCACGAAUAUAUAUAAAAAUACCACUCAACCGUUUUCAAAUAAAUGCAAUAUUGAACUUGAAUAUCCAUGUUUAUUGGCCCAUGUUGAUGAACCAUGGAACUUUGAUAAACAUCGUCCGUGUAUUAAUCUUUCUCGCAUAGGGGAUGGCAAUAGUGAUUGUUAUUAUUCAGACGAUGAACGGAAUACACUACGGUGUUUAGGUAAUGAGACGAUGAUGGGUUUCAAUUUUCUAUGUCAAACAUCUCAGAUAUGUCUUGAUUAUCAUUUACUGUGUAACAACAAAGACCAAUGUCAACACGGUGAAGAUGAUAUUUUUUGUCAUUUCAGACUACGUCCAUCGAAUAUUUCGUGUAGUGGAUUAAAUGAUCAUUUAUGUUUCAAUGAUACAUGUAUACUAAAUGGUCGAUGCAAUGGAAUUGUCGAAUGCCCUAAUGGUGAAGAUGAAUAUUGGUGUUCAUCUGAUAAGCCGCCAUUUUUCCAGUCUCUAUAUCGAAAUAAGAAAGUAAUAGAAAUGCGAAAACCGAAAAUGAUUACACAUUUGUUUUAUCCAAUGAAACAAGAGUCAAUAGAAGUUCGUAAUACUAAUGAAAUAAAACAAAGUUUAUUUCCAACAAUAAAAAAACGAAAUUCAAAUUAUACUUAUAAAGAUGAAAUUUUUUUUCGAUUUCAAUCUGAACCUGAAAACUAUUAUUGGCCAUUUGUUUGUGGUAAUGAUGGAUUAGCUGUAAAAUAUCAACAAGAAGUAAUAUGCUUUUGCCCACCAAGUUCAUAUGGCGAUUAUUGUGAAUAUUCAAGUGAUCGUAUAACAAUUUUAACACAUUUGAAUUUUGUUAAUUAUAAAAUAGAUAAUCGAAUAAUUAUCAAAGUAUUAAUAACAUUUCUAUUUAAAAAUCGAACCAUUGAUAUACAUACAUUUUAUGUUCAACCACAAUUACAAAAUAAUGAUAUUGAUUAUGUUAAACAAAAAAUUUAUUUUGUUUAUCCACGUACAAAAGAAUUUAUUCAGCAAAAACGAACAUAUCGAAAUGGUACACAAAUGUAUCAUGCACGUUUUGAAGUAUUCAUUUUAAAUAAUUCAAAUCUUAUAUUAAUUGAUGUAUGGGAUUAUCCAAUUUAUUUUGAUUUUUUACCUGCGUAUCGUUUAGCAAAAAUUUUAAAGUUGAAUUCAUCCCUAAAUAAUAAUAAUAAUAAUAAUUGUUCGUUAUGUGGAGAUCAUGGUACCUGUUAUACAAUUGUUAAUAAUAAUAAAUCAAUUUAUUGUAAUUGUGAAAGUGGUUGGUAUGGUGAAUAUUGUGAACAUUCUAAUAAAGAACAAUGUCAACAGACAUGCUCGUCAAAUUCUAUUUGUCGUCCAAACCAACGUGGCAUUCUAAAUAAUGGCGAACAAAAUCCGUAUUGUCUAUGUUUGCCUGGUUAUUACGGAUCGAAUUGCUAUUUUAAAUAUGAGCAAUGUGAAAAAAAUCCAUGUAAGAAUGAUGGUACCUGUUUCAUUGAUUAUGCAUUAGAUGAUAUUCAUCAUAUCAAGUGUCUAUGCAGUCAUCAGUUUUACGGAGAUCAAUGUGAAUUGUCUAAACAUAACAUACAUAUUCAAUUAAAACGAAGCAAUCAACCGUCAGAUGUUAUACAAGCAACUGUCGUGCAAUAUUAUGAUUUGCAAGAAUUAACAUUCGAUAUGCUUAUUCGUCAACAAAAGUUGUAUAAAGGACAUUUACCAUCCAUAGUUCAACUUAAUCAUGAUCAAUUAUUUGCUCCAGAAAUAUGUUUGAUUAAAAUCUACUACAUUGAACAACAACAGAAAUUCCCCGACUAUUAUAUUGUCUAUAGCCAACAAAAUCGAACUGUUAUCAAUAUAACUAUAGCAUUGGCACAAGAAAAUCAAUGUCGUAACGCAAUGACUGUAUUGCAAGGUUAG